AUGUCGAGUUUUCUCAAACUUGUCGUUGUUGGAACUAUUCUGCUGGGACUCGCCCAUGGAGCGAGUGUUGCAACUGCUGAAUCAAAGGAGUCAAAUUGUACUGUUGCUGAUGGGUUUCAAGCGUUGUCUUGUCUUAUGCGAUUGAGUGACUUCUCUGACAAAAUCGACGAACUCGACAUGAAUGACAAAAAUGAGGUCAAAGAGUUCAAGAGAUCCUGUGACUCGCUUCAUAACUGCUUUGCAACUCUCACUUGUAAGAAACCAGAUGUUGAAACCCAAAAUGCUGUCAAUUCCAUAAGAAACUACUGCGAUGCUGUUGUUUAUGUUUCCUCCGACUUCGCUGAAUGCAGUGAUAAGCUUGAAAACAUGAAUUCGAAAUGCUUCGAAGAUUGGGAACCAUUCCCGGAAAGUAUUGAUGAGGAGAGAGAUGAAAAGAAGAAAGAAGAGAUGAAGAAAGAAGCGUGUAAGAAUUAUUUUGGAAAAGACAACUGUUUGAAGAAGGAGAUCACCGAAACAUGCAGUGAACAAGAGUGGAUGGGAUUCCGUGAUCACUUCAUCUCCAUCAGCAGCUUGGUCAAUAAUUGCGACUUCGGUCACUUGGUGAACUGA